AUGAGCAAAAAAGCGACAAGAAAACCGCUGGAUAGAUGGACGCCAAGAGUCGUUUACGGAUAUUUUCUCAAAGUCUUCAAGUUGACCUACGGAGUUGGAACUGCUGGGUAUCUCGGCUUCCUGAUCGCGUUUUUUGGCUUCCCAGGGCUGCUGAUGCACGCCGAAGCGUGGCUGGAAAUGACGCUGAAUUUGCUUUUCUAUGGCGUCUAUUUCGGAGUUGUCACGAAAGACCUGGCGGACUACUGCACGGAUAGAAUGGCUUCAACGAUGGGCUUUGUCACGGACGAGGGAAUGCCGAUGAAGCAUUUGAAUAAAGACACUUGCGGCGUUUGUGGAGAAACGAACAUCGGAUGCGACGAAAAAGGCGUCCCAGAGAAACAGCAUACGCUUGCUUGUGGCCACUCCUUCCACGACUACUGUAUUCGCGGCUGGAUAAUCGUCGGAAAGAAGCAAACCUGCCCGAUGUGCAAAGAAAAAGUCGACUUGAAGCAGUUUUCUUCCACUCCUUGGGAGAAAGUUUACGUUAUGUACUCUGGCUUUCUCGACUGGUGUCGAUUCAUGGUCUGCUGGAUGCCAGUGAUAACAUCGAUCGUCCACGGAAUCAAUCACUUCAUGGGAUAUGAAUAA